GACUCCAUAGGCAUCUAUAAAAUCCAGUUAAUAUUAUCCAAUUUUUUCUGAUUCAAAUCCGUUAAUAACACACUCCAGAGAGAGUCAAAUAGUUAAGCUUCAAUAUCUUUCCCUCCAUUCCAUUCCAUUCCAUUCCAUUCACGCUUCCAAGCAUGGAUGCAGCUGCUCCGUACAAUCCUCGUACGGUCGAAGAAGUCUUUAGGGAUUUCAAGGGUCGCAGAGUUGCUUUGAUUAAAGCCCUCACUACUGAUGUAGAAGAGUUCUAUCAACAGUGUGAUCCCGAGAAAGAAAAUCUUUGCCUCUAUGGAUUUCCUAGUGAGCAGUGGGAGGUCAAUCUGCCAGCUGAGGAGGUGCCCCCAGAGCUUCCAGAGCCAGCAUUGGGCAUUAACUUCGCCAGAGAUGGGAUGCAAGAAAAGGACUGGCUGUCUUUGGUCGCUGUACACAGUGAUGCUUGGUUACUUGCUGUGGCUUUUUAUUUUGGUGCUAGGUUUGGAUUUGAUAAGGCUGAUAGGAAGCGACUAUUUAAUAUGAUAAAUGAUCUUCCAACAAUAUUUGAGGUUGUUACAGGGAUGGCCAAGAAACAAGGAAAGGAAAAGUCAUCAGUUUCAAAUCAUAGCAGUAACAAAUCAAAAUCAAACUCUAAGCGAGGUUCCGAAACAAAGUAUUCAAAAUCAAUGCAAUCAAAGGAAGAGGAUGAGGAGGAUCUAGGAUUGGAAGAGGAAGACGAGGAGGAACAUGGAGAGACUUUGUGUGGGGCAUGUGGAGAGAGCUAUGCUGCUGAUGAGUUCUGGAUUUGCUGUGACAUUUGUGAGAAAUGGUUCCAUGGAAAGUGUGUUAAGAUUACUCCUGCAAGGGCAGAGCAUAUCAAGCAAUACAAAUGUCCAUCUUGCAGCAACAAGAGAGCUCGACCUUGACAAUGGCUAGGAGCGCCUAGGAGGGUGGCUAUAAUCUUGGCAAUUUUAUGACUACUAAUUUGUUUAGUAGGUCAGGUUUAUUAGUCUUGCUGUCAACUUCAGGUAUAUUGUUUCAAAUGUUACAUUAGAUUUAUUUGCUGCUGUUGAAUUAUCUAGUUAGGGUCUUUAUUUCAUCAGUGGACUUAAAUAUUGAUCUGUUGUGCUUCCUUAAAUUUAGUGUAGCUGUAGCUGUAACUGUACUGUGUGUCAAUAUCUUAGUGAAGUUCAUAUUAUCCAUCG